CGAACAACAACCAGAAGCAGACAAGCGUUUUCUUCUUCAACAACUUCUUUAUUGCUGUAUCUCCAAAAAAGCACACACUACUAAGUCCAAAUGGCACCCCAAGAACAAGAACGUAUCUACUUUAUUGGCGGCACUGGCGGUGUUGGCAGUAAGGCAGUGCAAGAUGUACUGGACAAGGGAUACUUGAUCACGAUCUACACGCGUCAACCAGCAAAAUCCACUCUAAACGGUCAUCCGCAAGUCACGCUCGUCCAAGGCGACUAUGACGAUCUGACACCGUUUGAAAAAACCAUUGGCGGUCAUAGUCGUUUGUUUCUACUCGUCUCCACCUUGGUAGGCAUGCCAAAAAUCAAGAGCACGCUUGCCAGGAUGGCAUACUCGGCCGGUGUCAAGCAAAUUGUCGACAUCUCCUCAUUGACCUGUGAUGUGGUCCCACACACUGGCAUUGGUCAAGCCCAUUUACGUUCUGAAGAAGCCAUCCGUGCGGUCCAACCCAAAACAAACGGCUCGUAUGUCAGUCUGCGUCCCUGGCGGUUCAUGUCCAACCACCAUCAUUCCAAACAUGCUAUCAAGACACAAAAUGCCAUUGUGGGCACCGCCGCACCAGAUUGUGUGCAAGGGUGGAUUUCGCCCAACGAUAUCGGUGCCUUGGCUGCGAUUGUUUUGUCGGAUCCUAUCGAGAAGCAUGAUGGUACUAUCUAUUUGAUGAUCGGGCAGUUGUUGACCGCUGCUGAACGCGCACAGGCUUUGAGCAAGGCACUGGGUCGUACGAUCACGUACAAGCAGUGGUCGCUCAAGGAACAGUACGAUUUGAUGACGGCAGUGAUUGGGGCACCUCACAAAAUCGCGUAUGAUCUAGCUUCAGAUAUCCUCCCUGACACUCCCAUGUCGCCUGGUCUUUCGUUGGUUUUGGGCCGGGAGCCGGAGACUUUGGAUGAAUGGUUGGCAAAGAACAAGGAUGAUUUCAACUGAAUCUAUAUGGUUGUCAUACAAAUAAAGGCAUUUGCCACUGUUUGAUCAGAUAAGGGUUAAUUAUAUGAGCGGUAUACCUUGUAUUGCAUGGUAUAGAAACGGCCAGUAUUAAGG